AUGCAGCAGACCCUGAACUACCCGUACCCCCAGAUCUACUGGGUGGACAGCGGGACUGCCCCGCCCUGGGCCCCUCCAGGGACCGUCCUCCCCUGUCCCUCCCCAGUGCCUGGAAGACCUGGUCAAAGGAGGCCACCGCCACCGCCACCGCCAACACUACCCCCACCGCCACCGCCCUUGCCACCGCUGCCCCCUCUGCCGCUGCCACCUCUGAAGAAGAAGCGGGACCAUAACCCAGGCCGGUGUCUCCUGCUGAUGUUUUUCAUGAUUCUGGUGGCCCUGGUCGCCGUGGGGCUGGGGAUGUUUCAGCUGUUCCACCUGCAGAAGGAGCUGGCCGAACUCAGAGAGUCUUCCAGCCAAAGGCAUAUAGAAUCAUCUUUGGAGAAGCAAAUAGGAUACCCCAAUCCGUCCUCUGAAAAAAAGGAGCAGAGGAAAGCCGCCCAUUUGACAGGCAAACCCAGCUCGAGAUCCAUGCCUCUGGAGUGGGAAGACACCUACGGAAUCGCCCUGGUCUCUGGGGUGAAGUACAAGAAGGGCAGCCUUGUGAUCAACGACACUGGGCUGUACUAUGUGUAUUCCAAAGUGUACUUCCGGGGUCAGUCCUGCAAGAACCAGCCCCUGAACCACAAGGUCUAUAUGAGGAACUUGAAGUACCCGCAGGACCUGGUGCUGAUGGAGGAGAAGAUGAUGGACUACUGCACCGCCGGCCAGAUGUGGGCCCGCAGCAGCUACCUGGGCGCGGUGUUCAACCUCACCAGUGCCGACCACCUAUACGUUAAUGUGUCUGAGCUCUCUCUGGUCAGUUUUGAGGAAGCUAAGACGUUCUUUGGCUUGUACAAGCUCUAA